CAGACAGAUGAACUGUACUUAAAAAGAGGUGGAUGGAUGGAGACACAGUUUUUGUACCUGUCCUCCUCCGGGACCUACAGGAGGUCACAAGCACGGUGUGUCACUUGGAGCUACAACCUGCUGUUUGUGGUGUAUGUAUGCCUAAUUAUCCUGGUCAUCAGAGACAUAGAGGGUGUCCAGGUGACUGGAGGAGACGUAACUGUGGUGCAAGGAGGGGCCAUCAUCUUACCUUGCAAACUCACUGACACAGUAGAGAGCCUGACACAGAUUUCCUGGCAGAGGAAGACAAGAGAAAAACCACAAAAUAAAAACUUUUUUAUAAUUCCUGCCACAAAUGGACCACGGUUUGUUGAUGGACAUGAUGAUCGGUUUCAAUUUGUUGGGAGCAUUUCUGACUUCAAUGGAUCUCUCCAAAUAUCCAGGGCCACACUCAUGGAUGAAGGUGUCUACACAUGCAUCUUUACUUUGUUUCCCAGUGGAAAUUACAAGGCAGAGAUAAAUCUGAACCUGCUUGUGCCUCCAGUCACAAGCUUGAAGGAUAAUUGUCCUGUCUUGGGUAAUGUGGAGGCUUCCCUCGUUACUUGCACAGCUGAAGGUUCCCGGCCUUCUGCAGAGGUGACGUGGCAUACUGGUACCCUGAAAGAAAAGGUGAGGACUGCAACCAAUUCCACCCAGCAUGCUAACGGUACGACCACCACAGAGAGCUCGCUGUUUGGAGUACCCACCAGAGAAAUCAGCCAGCAACAGGUCCAGUGUGUCAUCACCAGUAAAGCCCUGCAGAAAGAGGAGACUCUGCCCUUCACCAUACAGGUCUACUUUUCACCAAGAGAAGUGACUAUCAACAAAUCCGACGACUCAUUUCAAUGCUUAUCUGAAGCUAACCCUCCUGCCAACUUUACCUGGAGCAGACCUGAUGGGUUGUGGCCUAAAUCUGCUGUUGCAGAGGGUGCAACGCUACGCUUCUCUAGUAUGACCUCUGACCUGAAUGGCGAGUACCAAUGUGAAGCAUCAAAUCAAUACGGAAGAAAAUACAGCCACCUUUAUUUGCAUGUGUCUUCAGGACACUGCAGUACAUGUUGGACCUUAUUCAGUAUUUUGCUUAUCCUGAUUGUCUUCGGAGCUGCUGCAGUGUGGUACCGACGUACCAAGGUACCAAGUACAGCACAAAGCAUCGAUGUACUGUAUAUAGUACUUUUGCUCAACAAACAAGCAUAUGUAUGUAGUUAUUUUGUUUUAUAUUAAUUGGU